CGUAUGGAGCUGGAGUAGAUUCCGAAGACGAGGAUAGUCCGGUGCAGCAUUUGAUUCGCACCGAACCGCGCAUUGAUUCUUUCGACGUUGAAGCUCUCGAAGUCCAUGGCGCGCAUAGAAGUGACUACGAGGACUUUGGUAUUGGAAGGAUAAUAAUGCAUGCGUUUCAGACUCUUGGUGUUGUAUUUGGUGAUGUUGGAACAAGUCCUUUAUAUACGUUUAGUGUGAUGUUUAGCAAGGCACCUAUCAACGGAGAUGAAUAUGUUAUUGGAGAACUAUCACUAGUUCUAUACACUCUACUCGUGAUUCCGCUUGUCAAAUAUGUCCUUAUCGUUCUUUGGGCUAAUGAUGACGGUGAAGGUGGUACUUUUGCAUUUGUACUCAUUGAUUUCUCGGCAUGCUAAGGUCAGUCUUCUCCCGAAUCUGGUUCCAUCAGAUACCCGAAUAUCUUGCUUCAUGCUAAAGGUACCGUCUCCUGAGCUCGAGAGAUCACUUAAAAUAAAGGAGAGACUAGAGACUCCAUUGACUCUGAACAAACUUCUUCUGAUGUUAGUGCUUGUUGGCACUUCUAUGGUAAUAGCUGAUGGGGUUGUUACCCCAACAAUGUCAGUUAUGUCUUCUGUUGGUGGUCUGAAGGUUGGAGUUGGUGCAAUUGAACAAAAUGAAGUGGCAUUGGAAUUUACAAUCUUGUUAAGCAUCAUGCAAGUGUCUUGA